CCUAAUCCCCCAAUGCCCCUCCCUUUCUCUGUCCGUAAUAAAUGCUGACCCCCUCCUUUCCCAAUGAUUCUCGCAUACUAUAUUCCGCGCUUUCAAAAUGCCUCAGAAAGCAGUUGUUUACACGUCUUCCAAGCAGCUAUCCCUCGUCUCCGACCGCCCUCUACCUAAGCUUCGUGAUGACUACAUUCUGAUCAAAACGGUCAGCGUAGCACUGAACCCCACCGAUUGGAAACAUGUUGAGUGGGACCUGGGACUCACUGGAUGUCUCGCCGGAUGUGACUAUUCCGGGAUUGUCGAGGAAAUAGGAAAGGAUGUCAAGAAAUCUUUCCGCAAAGGUGAUCGAAUCUGCGGCGUGACCCAUGGCGCGAACAUGUUGGAGCUCGAAGACGGCGCCUUCGCUGAGUAUAUCGUUGCGAAGGGCGAUAUCCAGAUGCACAUACCCGACACACUAAGCUUCCAAGAGGCUGCCACCUUAGGUGUCGGCAUUACCACCGUUGGCCAAGGCCUCUACCAAAGUCUGAAAUUAGCCUUGCCAACUGAGCCCAUUUCCCAGCCGGAACCGAUCUUGAUUUACGGCGGCUCUACUGCCACUGGCUCGCUGGCUAUUCAGUAUGCCAAGCUUUCGGGCUACCAUGUCAUCACUACCUGCUCGCCCCACAACUUCGACUUUGUCAAGAAGCUCGGCGCAGAUGCUGUGUAUGACUACCGCGAUCCCAAUUCCGCCGCGGCUAUCCGCGAAGCUACCAAUGAUAAUCUCAGACUCGCCUUUGACACUAUCUCUCUGGAUGACAGUGCCAAGUUCUGCGACAAUGCUCUUUCAACCAAGGGUGGCGAGUAUAGUAAUUUGCUGGACAGCAAAAUCGAGCGUGAGAACGUCAACGAUCGCGCUACUCUAGGCUACACUGGUAUUGGAGAGCCAGUUCAGUUCGGCGAUCUCAAAAUUCCCGCGAUACCUGCAGACAGAGAAUUCGUCGAGAUGUUCUGGAAUCUCUCUGAGCCCUUGAUUGCACAGGGCAAGGUCAAGGUACACCCGGUUAAGGUUUGUGCCGAUGGAUUAAAGGACGUGCUGGAGGGAAUGCAAUUGCUGAAGGAGGACAAGGUUAGCGGGCAGAAGUUGGUGUAUAAUGUGGCUGAAACUCCUUGAUCUUGAACAUGGGCAGCUCUUUACUCGGGUUUCGAAAUCCCUU